AUGUCAUCAAGAAAAAAGAUAUCAAAAGAAGACAGAAAUGAGAAAAUAAUAAAGUUCUUUCAUACGACUAAUGAUGUAUUCAAAGUUCAAGAAGCAGGAUCAGAAAUAGCAAGUGCCACUGGUAUGAUGGUAAAAGAAGUAAAUGAAGGAGUACAAGAAUUAAUCAAUGAUGGUUUGAUCAAGAAUGAUAAGAUGUCAAAUACUGCCUUUUGUUGGUCAUUUGCUAGUUUUGAUUUGGAUCAAAAGCAAACACAAUUGGAUACAGAAGUUGAAAGGAUUGAAUCAUACAAUGAUAAAAUAGUAGAUGAAUCUGAAAAGAUUGAAAGAUUAUUAAAAGAAAGACCAGAAUCUGAUGCAAGAACAAAGAGAUUAGAAUUAUUAGAAUCAUUAAAAACAAAGAACAAACAAUUCAAAGAGGAAUUAUCAAGUUUUUCCAAUGUUGAGGAAGUGGAAUUAUUAAAACAAGAAUUUAAUAUUGGUGUAGCUGCAGCCAAUCGUUAUGGUGAUAAUAUAACUAUAUUACAAAGAUUCUGUGACACUAAAUAUAAUAUGCCAAAAGAGGAUUUUAAUCGAAACUUUGGUAUUACCAAUAGUUUUGUUGAUGAAUUGGAAUUCCCAACACCUGGUGCAAACAAGAAAAAAAGAAAAUAA